AUGACAGCGUUGUUCAACUCUGACCAUCCAUCAUCAUCAGCACAACAUGUACAUAGCUCAUUCCCUUGCCUCCGUGUGUUAGAAGUUGUCUCUCUUCCCAAGGGCUUUCCAAAGUGGCAAAAGUAUGCAUCACAUUUCUCCUUGACUAUUGAUGAUGUGUCAGAUCUGAAAUCACUACCCAAUGGAUUUAUGCAACACUUGUCAGCACUUCAAGAAUUAAAGAUCUAUAAUUGUAGAAUGCUUACAGUUCUUCUGCAGAAUGAGAUUGGGUUUGAUCUCCUUCCUUCAAGCCUUCAGCGUUUGUACAUAUGUUUUGAUUGUGACAGCCUAGGAAAGUUACCACAGAGCAUGUGUAAUCUCCAUUGUCUUAAAGAACUAAGAAUUGAAGGGGCUAUAGAACUCGCAUCAUUGUUUGAAGGGAUGCACAACCUCACAUCUCUCCGAGAUCUUCGAAUAUCAAACUGUGAGAAUCUGGAGUCAUUGCCCAAGGAGCUACACACUCUAAUGCCUCUCCAAAAAUUUGUAAUUGAAAGCUGCCCAGCUCUUGUGUCCUUCCAGGAAAGAUGGUUACCCACUGCGCUUCAACACUUGGAGAUCAUAGAUUGCAAGAAUCUGGAGUCUCUACCCAAGGAGCUACACAUUCUAACUUUUCUCCAAAAAUUUAUAAUCAAAAGUUGCCCUGCUCUUGUGUCCUUCCAGGAAACAGGGUUACCCACUGCGCUUCAAUACUUGAAGAUCAUUGAUUGCAAGAAUCUGGAGUUGCCACCCAAACAGCUACAUACUCUUAUGUCUCUCCGAAGAUUUGUAAUCAAAAGUUGCCCUGUUCUUGUGUCCUUCCAGGGAACAGGGUUAUCCACUGCACUUCGACAAUUGGAGAUCAUCGACUGCAAGAAUCUAGAGUCUCUGCCGGAGGGACUCCACAAACUAACGUCCCUCCACUCAUUGAAAAUAGAAGAAUGCCCUGCUCUUGAGUCCUUUCCAGAUAUGGGGUUACCCAUUCCACUUAUGGAGUUGUUGAUUCAAAAAUGUGGGAAGCUGAAUUCCUUGCCCAAGGGGCUGCACAAACUCACAAAUCUUGUACUUCUGAAGAUUGUGGGAUGCUCUUUUCUUAUGGAGUGCAAGAGUCUUGAACCCCUACAAAAGUUGGGUCUUCAUAAUUUCACCUCUCUUUAUGAUCUCACCAUCGGUGGAUGUGCUGCUCUCUUGUCCUUUCCAAAGGGUCUGCUUCCCACUAAUCUUAGGGAAUUUUGCAUCAAGGACUGCCCAAUUCUUGAAUCCCUACAUGAUGGACUCUCUGACCUAACCUCUCUUAAACGUUUGGAGAUCCAGAAUUGUCCAAUGCUAAAACAACGGUACCAAAAGAAGGAAGGAGAAGAGUGGUCCAAGAUUGCUCAAAUCCAUGGGGUAUUAAUAGAUGAUGAAUGGCAAUAA